AUUUUCAACUUUCGAGUAUUUCAGAAAAAUUCGGGGAUGUGGAUCGAUUAAAAGGGUAAUGAAUUCUUGAGUCGGUUUGGAGUUCUUUGGCAAUUGGCCAUGCUUCUAUUCAACAACAACUAUUCCUUAUAAAAUCAAACAACAAACGUUCAAGCAGCAACAAGUGCGCGGCAACACUCAGUUCGUUUUCUUUCGCGCUCUCCAGAUUUACAAUGGCGUCCAAACGCCACCGUUCUCAAGAACACGAAUGCGAGGUGAAGGAACCCAAAACUGCCCGUGUUUCAGAUGCUUUUGAGUUGAAGAAGCAGCAACCGGUAGUGCUCAACCCUGCCGACUGCGACCUGGAUUUUGAGAUCAAAAGUGAUGGUCUUCGAGGAUCAGCUCUUUAUGAGAAAGGUUUUGCUUAUUGCUGGUCGGGAGCUCGGACCACUGUGGGUAUUACUGGUGGAAAAUAUUGUUUUGGUUGCAAGAUUAUCUCUUUACAGCCAGUAGAAAUGAUUGAUACUGCUCCAGGCCAGCAGCAUCUUUGUCGUGUCGGCAUUUCCAGAGGGGACAGUCCAGUGGGAAAUCUCGGAGAGACUAUCCCAAGUUUUGGAUUCGGUGGUACCGGAAAGUUUUCAAAUGCUGGAAAAUUUUCUGACUAUGGUGAAAAGUUUGGAUUUGGUGAUUCCAUUGUUUGCGCUGUAAACCUUGAAAGCAAGCCUCUGGCCUCUAUUGGAUUUUCCAAAAACGGCAAAUGGUUGGGUACUGCUAUACAAUUUGAUGCUGGUCCAAGAGGCCUUGGAGUGGUGGAUUCUCCACUGAGAAAGCGUCAAUGGGAAUCAGCAUUUUUCCCUCAUGUAUUGUUGAAGAAUGUUGAGGUUCAGUUGCAAUUCAGCGUUGAAGAGGGACUUGUUCCUGAAGAAGGCUUUAAACCGUGGGCCUGCGCUUUGGAUGAUAACAAUGCACUGUUUGGACCUACUUUUAAUAAUGUUAGAGAUUGUGAAGUCAUGAUGAUGGUGGGUCUACCGGCUUCUGGAAAAAGUACAUGGGCUAAGAAAUGGGCCGAUGAUCAUCCUGAGAAACGCUAUAUUUUGCUUGGGACUAAUCUAAUUCUUGACCAAAUGAAGUUACCAGGUCUAUUGCGAAAACAUAAUUAUGGUGAACGCUUUGAUCGUUUGAUGGAUCAAGCAACUGAAAUUUUCAAUAUACUUCUCUCUAGGGCAGCCGCUGUGCCUCGGAAUUACAUAAUUGAUCAAACAAAUGUUUACAAGCAUGCCCGUAGACGGAAACUGAAGCCAUUUGCGGACUUCCAGAAAAUUGCUGUUGUGGUAUUCCCAAAGCCGGAGGAGUUGUGGCGUCGCUCAGCUGAAAGAUUUAGAGAAAUGGGGAAAGAAGUACCAGCUGAUGCAGUGAAUAAAAUGUUAGCCAAUUAUAUCUUGCCUACUAGCAAGGACAUACCUGGAUCAGGAGAAUACUUUGAUGAGGUUAUAUUUGUAGAACUUGAUCGUGCAGAGUCUCAAAGAUGUUUGGAUGCGAUGAAACAUGCUCUACCAUCUGAAUCACGUGACAACUUUACAUCAUUUUCUAAAGCUAGUACUGCUCCUCUUGUUUCACCUUCAUCUCGAGAUCAAGGUCAACGAGGUAUGCCAGAUGCUGGACGAUAUGGAGUUCCAAGAUUUACUUCUGAAGUAUAUCAGGAAAAUAUGACUUCUCCUUUACCUAGGUUUAUUCCCCCUCACGGACCAUAUGGGAGUUUGAUUGGUGAAACGAGGUACCCUGGCCAUCUGCUUCACAGUUAUCCUGGGAGUGAUCCUUACAGCAUUGGUGGACGUGGACACUUUCUAGACAGUGGUCAUGUGGGUGAAGUGCGCCAAAGGGAAUACACUGAUGUAGCUCAUCCCUUGCCAGUGCCACCCACUGGUCCACCUUAUGGAACCCCACCACCAAGAAUUACAUAUCAAUUUCCUUCCAAUAUGCCUUAUGAUGGUAGAGGGUAUACCUCCUCACGUCCAAGGUACUACUGAGUCCCUGACUAUUUCAUGGGUUCAUGGAUAGUUUUUCUGAUGUACAGAGUCGAAAUAGUGAAACAAUUGUAGCUAGUUUUGUUCUAUGCAUGCAUGAACAUUAAGUACUGUAAAUACAAUCUUUACUGCUGAUGAAUGCAUACAUAAAUUUUAUUAACAUGAAAA